AUGGAGCUAAAUGACAGAGAAAAUGGAGCUGCUCUGCAGGUACCAUCAAUGCCAGAAAACAAGUACAUGGUAGCUAUGGAGGAUGAGGUUCAAAGUGAUCAUUUUGAUGAGUUUUUCGCCCCUGAGUUGGACAAACAUGGUUAUCAAGCUCUCUACAAGAAGAAGACAACAGAGGUUUACACCGGGACUUAUACUAUCGAUGGUUGUGCAACAUUUUUCCGAAGGGACAGAUUUUCCCAUGUGAAGAAAUACGAGGUCGAAUUCAACAAGGCUGCUCAGUCACUGACAGAUGUUGUGGUCCCAAUCACUCAGAAGAAAGCUGCUUUGUCUCGACUUCUUAAGGAUAAUGUUGCGCUAAUAGCGGUUCUGGAAGCAAAAUUUAGCAACCACGGAGCCGAUACUCCUGGAAAGCGGCAGCUUCUUUUGUGUGGGUUUGCUGUAGAUAUUCAGUAG